AUGUACACCUUCCAAUCCUUCCUCAGCCUCCUCCUCCUCGCCGGCUCUGCCCUGGCUGCACCGAUGUCCACCGAGGCCGUGCAGGAGAAUGCAUGGAAAUACGGUACUGGUGGGGGAAUCAUCGGGUUCAUUGUGCUGAUUUUGGAUAUUAUGGUGUUCCUUGAGGUCCUCAAGUCCAACCGCGAAGUCCUCCCCAAGUUGCUUUGGUGUGUUUUGGUUUUUGUCUUCCCUAUUGGAGGGUUGAUUAUCUAUUAUCUUUUCUCGAACCGUGCUGCGCAUAAUUCUAGCAGUGGGUAUGAGACUUUGCCGCAGUAG